CUCUGUUCAUCUCCUGUACUAUGUCCACAGUCUGUGGUCAUCUCCUGUACUACGUCCACAGUCUGUGGUCAUCUCCUGUAGUAUGUCCGCAGUCUCUGUUCAUCUCCUGUACUAUGUCCGCAGCCUCUGGUCAUCUCCUGUAGUAUGUCCUCAGUCUCUGUUCAUCUCCUGUACUAUGUCCGCAGCCUCUGGUCAUCUCCUGUAUAUGUCCGCAGUCUCUGUUCAUCUCCUGUACUAUGUCCGCAGUCUCUAGUCAUCUCCUGUACUAUGUCUGCAGUCUCUGGUCAUCUCCUGUACUAUGUCUGCAGUCUCUGGUCAUCUCCUGUAUUAUGUCCGCAGUCUUUG